AUGAGUCAAAGCAAACAACCCACGGUCAUACCCCGUUGGUGGUACCUGAUCUUCUUUGUUGGCGCAAUUGCAUUGUUCAUCACUGGCGGCGCGCUCUUUGGAUCAUGCACUUACUACGCCGCUCUUGCAUGCUUUGUUGUCGCCGUUAUCUUCAAGCUCAUUGCCUGGACUCUUCUCAUCCUGCACUGCAUCCAGCGCCGCCGGUACAACCAGCAACAGUUUGCUUCCACCUAUCACACUAUUCCUCCGAUGGAUCUCAACCAACAACCGUACGGCGCAUACUACGCUCCCCCGCCUGGAAAUCAAUACUCGACUCAGUACUCGCCUCAUUAUUCCUCUCAGGCUCCUCCUUAUGCCACUGCUCCUACAUAUCCGAAUCCGGCGUACCACGGCCAAAAGGAUGUCAAUUCUCAGCCAUCGAGCGACACUCAGACACCAGCUCAUUAUGCCUAA